CUAGAAUUGAAAUGCGGAGCAAAAUGGACUACUGCGUCUAAUACCCAAAGAUCCGGUGGACCGAGGCGAAUGGACCUAUUUCUCCCAUCAUUUACGCACAGAUUUCUUCGUUAUUUUGCGCACCGAUAGCGUUUAAAAUGCCUUUUCCGCCGAUAAACCUGCACUCACGGAUAUCAUCGCCUAGAAAGGAGCUGUUCAGGAAAAAGAAGAGCAGGGACAAUGUCGCGCCUCCUCAACCCACGUUCAGUCAAAGGACAGGAGACGACAAGGAAUCGGAGAAAGAUAAACUAUCCCCAUCGUGGCCAUCGGCCAAUUUAAAGCAGCAGGGACGAAGCAAGCCGUCCAGAGUCCCUCCAGAUCCCGAGACGGACAGCAAACAUUCGUGGUUGAGCGUCCCCAAACCCUUGGCUACCUCAUGCGAAAGCGUCCCCCGGUCUAGUUCUGGAGAGUCCAGCCAUAAAUACGCCUCCAGGAACUCUCUAGCAAAAGAAGUAGGCGAGCAAGAGAUCCACUUCUCCCUCAGCCUGACCCCCGAAGCCAUCCUGGUCAUCCAGAAGCGCAAUCUGGAAAAGCAGAUGAUGGCCAAGCAGCAGAAGUGCUGCGCUUCCGCGGACUUGCGACACCGGCGGGUUUUCCCAUCCAAGAGAGCUCAGGGCAGCUCCAGUAAUAAGAGCUCCGGACCUGUUGCCAAACUGGACGGUUCCAAUGACAUUAGCACCAUUGUGAAGAUCUCCCUCCUCAACGAUCAGUACAAAUAUGAUGAUGUGGAGUACGAGGAGGAGGAUGGAGACGUGGACGAGACUGUCGUGCGAAAAUGUAAAGAGUGGCUCAAAGGUGUGGAGAGUGCUGCUGCUUUUGGGAAAGUCGAGAAACUGUCAUCUUUGCCUCAUCUUAAAUGUUGAUAACCUGAACUACUUCGUUCCGCAAAGAAAAGGUCCACUGUGAAGACUUCAGUUCAUGAGUCAGACACAAAAUUCACAUAAUAUGCUUUUAUAAAUUAUGUUGUCUAAAGGCUCAUUCAGACGGAACGCGUUCUUGCGUUGAAAAAACAGCUGUACGGAGCGCAACGUAUAGAAUAUAGUGAUGCCUUUGUAAAAGUUAAACUAUGUUUAACUGGACACACCGUCUUAAAACGCAAGGCAAGUGUACAUAGAGCAACAGUUUAAAAAAAAAAUUUGCGCAAACGAAAAGAACAUGUCCUGUGUUUACAUGCGUCUCGCACACGGGGCGCGCUCUUGUGUUCGCAAUCACCUGAAAAGCGCAGCAAUGAACUAUUUUGAACGUGACUGUGCGACUUAAAAUCUUGGCACUACACACAAGGCACUGAAAAAAAAAAACUCAAAUGCGUCGCAAUGUUUACAUACACCAACAAUUAGACCAAAACUGAUAAGGUUUAAUGAAAGAAGGCGUAUAUGUGUGAACGCUCCGCCGAGUUAUUAGAAUGGAAGAGAAGGCAGAGGCGUUUUAUAAAUUGAAUACACGCCAUUUAAAGUUGAUGGCGCAAGAUGCGAUGCGCUGGCCAAAAAAUGUCCAUAUGACGCGGCGCAUAUAAAUAAACAUCUUAGACUGAACGCAAGAACCCGUCCUUUGCGUACACACACAUACACAUUCAGCUUUCAUAAUGGACUGACUGGAAUGUUUUUUUUUUCUGCAUUGAAAAGUAGGUCUAUUGCUGAUCACUCAGAGAAUUUUUGCAGGUCACCUUUACGCAUUGACUGAGAAGCAGUAGUGUUUUUGCACAUUACUAUUGUUUUCACUUUGCUGGGCUGAAUGACAGACGCUUGUUUCAAUCUGUGAAAGUAAUACGGAGAAUUAACAGGGACAGGGUGCGAACGUCGACCGGUGAAAUGCAUCCAGAGGCCAUGGUCCUUCCUUUGUGCCAGAAAAAAUUACUGCUGAAAACAAACUGUCUGAAAGCCUUAGAAUAGACACUUAAUAUCUGAGACUUGUUCAAAGUUUGUGUGUAUUAUGGACUCGAGGGCUGUUUGAUCGACGAACCAGCCGUGUACAGUAUUUAUUUUGCAAUGUGGAGGUGUUUUUAUAUGCUGUGUGUUGUUCCAAGUCAUUUUUAAGGGUUCUGAUAAUAAAAUCGAAAAG